AUGAGUGAUAGAAGUCAAGAAGAAGAGGAACUGUCACACACUCAAGUUCUCGCUGAUGUCGAGAAACAAAUCGAAUCUGUUUGUAGCCAACUACAGUCGCUACAGCGACAAGCAAGUAGGCUUCGACGACUUCGUGAGGAGCAGGAAGUAUAUAAUUCCAUGUCGAAGAAAAUGGAAAGCAUGCAGCUUUCAACGAAAGUGAACCUCAAUGUUGGUGGCCAACAUUUCACUACAACCGUCCACACACUAACCAAGGACCCAGACUCGAUGCUUGCUGCCAUGUUUUCAGGAAGGUUUCCAAUGAAGCCUUCUGAAGAUGGAACGUUCUUUAUCGACCGAGAUGGAACUUACUUCCGGUAUAUUCUGAACUAUCUUCGUGAUGGAAAGCUAUCUUUACCCGAAGGAGCCACUUUUUUUGAAGAAAUCGAGGCCGAAGCUGGAUUCUACCAAAUUCAAGGAAUUCUCGAUGAGUUGGGGCAACCUAGACCUGCAAAAGGUUCAAUUCGAGGUGCAGAAGCCACAAAGCCAUUUGCAGAGUCUGAAAUUCUGACUCAAGAACAUGCAAAGAUAUUGAUAGGAAUGAUACCUUAUAAAAGCGGCAAGUGGCGUCUUCUAUUCAGAGCUUCUCGAGAUGGCUUCGCAGCUGAAUCUUUCCACUCAAAAUGCGACGACAAAGGCCCAACAGUGACAGUUGUGCAAAGUGGAAGCUUCGUAUUUGGUGGAUUUGCCGAUGCGGCAUGGAGCAGUCCUGGUAAGUAACAUUAUUAGUAGCUUUUUUUCUACUAGGUUCAUGUAUCAAUUAAGAACCUCUCUUUCAGUGAACGUCGUUUUCGUCGCUCGUUUCGUCAACUGCAGGAGUACAAGUGCAGGUGUGCAAGUUUGGAUGCAGUUGCAGAUGCACGUUUCACCCCAUGUAUUUAAAGGGAAUCCGAGACAGUCUUGGAGUCUGGAUUCCACGCUGUGGAUUCCGGAUUCCACGUACCGCAUUCCAGGCACCGGAUUCCAGUAGUUUGUUAGUUGACCCGUUGAUUCUGGAUUCCAAUCGUCAGUGGCAUUCAACAUUCCUUUAACUGUAUUCCGGAUUCCAUAGCCCAGGAUUCCGGAUUCCACAAACAAGUGUUCUGGUCGUAGUAGUAAAGCGACGCCAUCGUGCAAAUGGUCUAUUCGAGAUUCCACAAGCAAAAAUUGUCGGAAUCUGGAUUCCCUUACGUGGGGCGACAGGAGCAGUUGUAGGCCCAAGUUGCAGGAGGUGCAGGAUGACAUUGUGUCACAGCUUCACACACAUAUAAACUGCAUUUAUUGACAUUCUUUAAGAAACAAUUCAAAAAGUGCCUUUAUUUUUAAAGGCAAGCAUAAUUGUGAGCGUAAUUUGGGGCGUUUAUUCGAUAAUUAUAAGAAAAACUCGGUCUCCACCAUCCAGACAACUACGAUUCUAUUUCAACAAAAAAGACAGCACUGGAACUUUAAACUUUUUUUUUUUUUUAAUGAUUUAUUGUAAUGGUUGCGGGGUCAGUGAUUUAAGAAAUGUGAUUUUGAAAUAAACGCCGCCCUCGAAUAAACGCCGCAUCAGAAACGCUAAAAAUCAGUACGGUAUACGUCGUAUACUAAUUUGAUUGUUCGAAAAUUUGCAUUACUUUUACCUACCUGUUUCGACAUGGCAAUUUCCUUAUUGGGGUGUCGGGCGGCCGGGUGGUGAUUUGAUUUUUUUGUAUUAAACUUGAGUCGGCGACACGAACCUUUGCAUUUUUACAGUUUUCAACGAUCAUAACACUUUGCAAAUAUCGUGAGGGUCACAUAAAAAUUUUAAAAUAACAUUUAUUCUCUACUUUUUAAGGUACCGGUAAUAGGCAAGUUGACUCAUUCGCCAAACAAGCGUUUUUGUUCAGUUUUGUUAAUCCAUUUGGAAUGGGGCCAGUUCGAAUACCAGCAAAGGAAAACGAAAGUGGUCUAACUAUUGUCUCUGACAGUACAUAUGGGCCAACGUUUCGGGACGACGACCGCACACAUACCUACUCUGCUUGGUUACAUAUUUCAGAUAAUGCUAAUUCAUCCCGAUCAAAUUGUUGUGAUAUACGUGAAGGAGGUGUGCGUAUAAAAGGUAAAUCACCAAGAGAAUUGUUCUUCACAAGUACUAACAAAUUUAACGUCGAUGAUUACGAAAUGUUUGAGUUUUUCUAGCAAUUAAUAGGCAUGUACCCCAGCUACAAGCAAAGUGUGGCUAGUUUAGAGACUGUAGAUGGAAAGUGAAUUCUUGUGUGUGAAACUGGUUGAUUAAUAGCAUAGCUAGACUGAAAUUGUGCACUAGUAAAGUGAACUUAAACGUAGUCAAAUCAGUUAGUGUUGACAAAGUUGAUCGAAUGUCUCAUGAUAUGUUAUAAAGAUUGAUUACUGUUUGAGGAGGAAAAGCUACAUCAGCUGUUAGCCGAGUUGUACAACAUAAACCGAGCUGAGGCCCCCUUUCCCAUUUGGCCUUGACCAAAAAUGCGGAUCAUUUUACGUUUCUGUGAAACUGCCCACCUACCCCUCCCUUAAACCAACGUUAACACUUAGUUCUUACUUAGGGAAAAAUGUUGGCUUAGGAGAGGGGUAGAUGGGCAGUUUCCCAGAAACAUAAAAUGAUCCAAAAAUAAAACGACUGUACCCCCAGUUGGCAGGUGAUCUAAUAGACGCCAAGGGCGUUAAUUUGAUUUUAGGGGUCCAAUAGGGGGAUUUAAUAGAUAGGAGGCGUUUAAAAGAGAGAGGCGUUUAUUCUAACUGUAACAAACUCAUCAAAACUAAUAUGCUUUUGGCGAAGAUAUCAAGAGAGUUCUGAAAAAUAGUUCUAGGCCGUCGAGACCCUCCAAAUCCCAACAUCGAUGUCAGAAUCCUCGCUCGGACUGUCGUGGACUGCUGCCAUCGUUAGUCCAUUGUUACUUUGUAUUUGGCAUUGAACACAAGAUACAAUACGCAAACCCUUUUUAAUCAAGCAAGAAAUCGAAUAAAUUGAAUGAUUUUGCUCCUCUUUGCUAUUUCCUAAUAUUUUGGAGGAAUUCUCACAGGGGGCGUUUAUUAGAGAGGGGCGUCUAGUACAAAAUAAACAUUGUAGAGGGGGGAAUUUAUUUAGUACUUAACAAUUGUUGAAUGAGGCUGAGUAGGAUGAUGUGAAGAAUUAUGCAGAUCGAGGAGGAUGUUAUCCACCGAGG